AUGGCACCCAGGUACAAGGACGGCGACGCCGUGGUUGCCAUCAACGGCAAAUGGGUCUCCUAUACUCACACGGUCGUCGCGUAUGCCGCUUUCCUUAGCGCCCUAUUCGUCGGCGUCGCCCUGCACUACCACAAGAUUGUCCAAAAUGAACACUACGGCUACCCCGAUGAAUGGUUUCCCUCCGUCUCCGCGACAAUUGGCGACCGCUACCCCGAGCGGUCUUUCUUCCAGGUCUUCAUUGCAAUGACCUCCGGUCCCCGAUUCGCCCUCGUCUUCCUGUGGUACGUCCUCACUGCGCGCCCAAACUCGACACUCCCCAAGAUCGUGGCCGGCGUGGGGAUCUUCCGGACCUUAACUUGCGGUGGUUGGACAUAUGUCACAUCAACGGAUGAUCACGAUUGGCACGAUAUCUUCAUGAUCUCGUAUCUGGUGGCGACCUUGCCCUGGACGCUGGGCUGUCUCGCGCUCAGUCCGAACAACCGCCGCGCGGUCAAGUAUCGCAAGAUCAUGGCCGGCUUGUUCUUCGGGACACUAGUACCUUUGAUCUACUACUUUAUACAGCACAAGGUUCACAAAGUUGCUGGUGCCUACACCAAAUAUGCUUUCUUCGAAUGGUCCCUCAUUCUGUUCGACGUGGGCUUUGACGCCGUCACGGCACUCGACUUCGAGGGCUUUGAGCUUGUGGUGAGGGACAUCAAGGGAAUUAGCAGAGGGCAGUUGAAGACGACUGCGGAUUCUGUUCUUGAGAAAGAGAAGGGCAAGCCCGUGGGCAACACCUUCGGCGAGGGUUUCUUCUGGACUGAAAUCGUUGAUGCUGCGUCGGAUGUCUACAACGGGUUCGUCUUCUGGACUAUCGUGACUGCUCUUCCCGUUCUCGUGUGGUAUUUCCCUCUGUGGCACAUGGGCAUUUCGGGUUACGAAGUUGCGAUUAUUGCUGUUGUGUCGCCCAUCCUCUUUGCCAUCCCAGGCGUCAGAUAUGCUGCGACCAAAAACCUUCGACUGCUUCACCUUCUUUCGCUGCUGGGACUCCUUGCCUAUAGAUUCAAAGAUCCCGCCAACCGUCUGUUUGUGACUAGCUUCGCCCUUUCCACCACCUGUGCCGCGUGGACCACCAGCUGGUUCUCCGAGCGUGGAAACACCCCGCGCCUGGAGACUCGCAUCUUGGCCUGGGGCAUUGGCUUGAUCAUGUCCUCCAUUGCCAAGUUUGCCUGCCGGACCAACAACCCUCUCUGGCCCAUUGUCCAUGCUGAGAAUGGCGGCUGGAACAAGAUCGGUCUCGCGCUCGCCGUGUUUGCUGUCCUCCGGUCUCAGCGACGUUCGCUUACCAGUGGCAACGACUUCCUGCCAUCGAGCGGCAAGAAGGGCUCCGCGAUCCUGGCCGGUAUUGGUUUUGGUGGUCUUUUCUUUGCCAUGGUCUCUCUUUUGACUGACUCUAGCACCAUGAUCUCCUGGGUCUGGGAUGGCUACCCCGUUCGUGGUCCUAUUGCGGUACCGCACGGUGCGUUGACCAUAUUCGCCAUGGGUGCCGGCCUUAUCUAUGGUACCUUCCAUCCUGCCGCGGCUGGAAGUUGGACUGCCUUUGGAAUUGGCUCCCUUGGCGCUACCUUCCUCACUUGCUUCCACCACUGGAGCGGAUUUUACGGUGCCCUGACGUUGGCCUUCUAUAUCAUGGCUGUUGCCCCGGUUAUGGUCUCUUCCGCCGUCAAGCACUCUCCUGCGACCACCUUCGGAAUUGGCUUCUGUGUCUAUGUCUUCAUGCUUCUCUUCCACGUCUGGGUUGUCGCCUAUGCGUUCGUGCCGGGCGGUCCUCUGGUCCGAGAACACACCGACUGGGUUAUGAUCACGACCAUGCUCUGCAUUGGCGCAGGUGUCUUCUCAGCCGCGAUCUCGAACUCGUCGCGCACCCGCACUAAAAAACCCAUCAGCCCUAACAGCAAGCGCGUGCGGUCGUACUACAUCUAUGUUCUUGCCGCUCUGCAACUGCUUUCCGUCUCGGUGGCCUACCUGCGCUUCCCGACCAACGACUACAAGCCGUAUCACGCCGAGGACAAGGUGGCGACCAUGGGUAUCUGGACCGUCCACUUCGGCCUGGAUAACGACAUGUGGUCCUCUGAGGGCCGCAUGCGCCAGGUCAUCGAAGAGCUCGAGAUUGAUGUCAUCGGUCUCUUAGAGUCAGACAACCAGCGCAUCAUCAUGGGCAACAAGGACGUCACGCAGUCCCUGGCCGAAGAUCUUGGCAUGUACGCUGAUUUCGGCCCGGGGCCAAACAAGCACACCUGGGGUGCUGCCCUGCUCUCGAAGUUCCCGAUCGUCAACUCAACCCACCACCUCCUCCCCUCGCCCGUGGGCGAGCUGGCUCCCGCCAUCCACGCUACGCUCGACAUGUACGGCGAGAUGAUCGACGUGGUUGUCUUCCACUCCGGCCAGGAAGAGGAUCCCGAGGACCGUCGUCUCCAGUCUGAGUACCUCUCCAACCUGAUGGGCUCGUCGCCGCGCCCAUUGGUUCUGUUGAGUUACUUGGUCACCCGGCCCUUGGAAGGCAACUACAAUACAUACGUGAGCGAGCGGAGCGGUAUGAAGGACAUCGACUCCUCCGACUGGGAUAGGUGGUGCGAAUACGUUCUCUACAAGAAACUCAAGCGCACGGGCUAUGCGCGUAUCAGCCGUGACUCUAUCACGGAUACGGAAAUCCAGGUCGGCAAAUUCGUCAUCGGCGACCCCGAGCCAGAAAACGAUGUGCGUAUCCUCGAAUCCGAUGUCCCCGUCGGCCGCCGAUUCCCGGCUAUGUUCUACGGCGAGGGUGUGCGCGGACACCGGUACCAUGUUUUUGAUGAGCCCAGGUACUGGCUGUAA